AUGAAAAAGUCAUCACCUUCUACUUCUUCAACAGUAUCAUCCUCUAUACAGGUUUCCAAUUCGUCAUCUCUCAAACACGGUAUGCAACGAACCUCUGGAGAAACAAAUUCAAAAAAAGACAAUGAGGAAUCAUACGGCAGCGAUAGCAAUAAACCAGAUUACUAUAUAGAUAAAGAUGAGUUAGAAAAAGUACUAGAUUCUAAUAUAUAUCCACAAAAAAGACUAUUUCGUUAUUUACACACCAGGAAAAUACCUGAUAUACCUGAGAACAAUGAAAAAAGAAAAACUUAUCCCCUUUAUCAUUCUAAUCCUAUUAGCAGAAUAUUUUUUUUGUGGGUGAUGCCUUUAAUUAAGAUUGGUUAUAAAAGAACUUUACAACCUAUGGAUUUAUUUAAGUUAGAUGAAAGAUUAUCCAUUGAAAAGUUGUAUUCUGAUUUUGAAAGUAUCUGGUUGGCAAAUAGUUCUAAAUACAACAGCUACAAAGGAGAAUCCAACAAAAUUCCAAGAUACCUAUUAGUUAAAUGUGUUUUGUUAAGUUUCAAAUAUAUGCUUGGGUUUUCUGUACUUUUCUGUAUUUUAGGUAACUGUUCCUCUGCGUUUAAUCCAAUGCUAACUAAAAGGUUAAUUAAUUUUGUGGAAGCUAAGCAGCUCCUGCCUCAUUUACAUGUCAAUAAAGGUGUUGGCUAUGCAAUUGGAGCUUCUAUUAUUAUGUUGUUGAAUGGUAUUUUCUUCAAUCAUUUUUUGCAUAAUUCUAUGAUGGCUGGUGGACAAAUUAGAAGUGUGUUGACCAAAGCUUUGUUGAAGAAAAGUUUUAAAUUGUCUGGAUAUUCUCAGUAUAAAUAUAGCACGGGUAAAAUUACUUCUAUGAUGAGUACUGAUUUGAGUAGAUUGGAGUUGGCAUUCGCCUUUCAACCUAUGUUAUGGGCCUUCCCAGCCCCUAUUAUUAUUGUGUUGGUUUUGUUAAUUAUCAAUGUGGGCCCAAUAUCUUUGGUUGGUAUUGCUUUGUUUUUUGUUGCUGUUACUGUAACUUUAUUGGCUUUCAAAAGAAUGAUUAAAUUCAGAAUCCAGGCGAAUAUUUUCACUGAUCAAAGAGUGACUUUUAUGAGAGAAAUUUUGAGUAAUAUGAAAAUGAUCAAGUACUAUGCCUGGGAGGAUGCUUAUCAGAGUAAUGUGGAGGGAAAACGUAAAUUGGAAGUUGGGAGAGUUGUUAGAAUGCAAUACACAAGAAAUUUUUUUACGGCAAUGGCUUUGAUUGUACCAAGUUUGUGUUCAUUGAUUGUAUUUUUAGCUCUUUAUAAGUUGAAGGGACAUAGCAAAGGUGCUGGGGAUAUCUUUUCUUCUUUAUCUCUAUUUCAAGUUUUAAGUAUUCAAAUGUUUUUUUUGCCAAUAUCUUUAGCUACUGGGAUUGAUGGAUUUAUUGCUUUGGGUAGGAUUCAAGACUUCUUAUUAACUGAAGAAGAAGAUGAGGACGACAAUCAUAACAAUGCUGGAUACUUUGGUCCCUGCGAUUCGGAGAGCAAUGCUUUGGAAUUGGAACAUUGCUCUUUUGAAUGGGAUGAUUAUGAAUCCAUGGAGUCCGGUACUGUGGCGAAAGCUGAUACCAAACUAUCAAUAACUAAGGAUGAAAAACUUCAAGAUUUACAAACUACUAGUUUUAAAGGGUUCGAGGAUUUAAAUUUUACAAUUAAAAAGGGUGAAAUGGUUAUUGUUACAGGUAGUAUUGGUACAGGUAAAACAUCUUUAUUACUUGCAUUAGCAAAAUUUAUGAAGCAAUCAAAUCCUAUGGGAAAAUUCAAACAAGCUGGCUCUUUACUACUAUGUGGUUAUCCUUGGGUUCAAAACACCACUGUCCGUAACAACAUUUUAUUUGGUUCUAAAUUUGAUCCUCAAAAGUACUCCAAAAUAAUGGAUGCUUGUUCGUUACUGAGUGAUUUGGAGAUUUUACCGGCCGCUGACUUGACUGAAAUAGGAGAACGUGGUAUUACCUUAUCAGGUGGCCAAAAAGCUCGUAUUAAUUUGGCAAGAAGUGUGUAUAAAGAUAAAGACAUUUACUUAUUUGAUGAUGUUUUGAGUGCGGUUGAUGCGAGAGUUGGUAAGCACAUCAUGGAUGCGUGCAUGCUAAAGUAUUUAAAGGGCAAAACCAGGAUCUUGGCCACUCAUCAAUUGAGUCUGAUUGAAAAAGCUGAUAGGGUUAUAUUUUUGGGGACUGAUGGUAACUUUGACAUUGGUACGGUAGCUGAACUUUGUAAACGGAGCACAGGGUUUGCUAAUUUAUUGGAAUUUUCACAAAAUCUGGCUGAAAAGGAAAAGAUGAAGGAAAUGGAGGAUGAGGCGGUUGAUUGUGGUGAAGAUGUUGCAGAAAACCCUGACGGUAUUAGUGAGGAUGAGGUCACAGAGCUUCAUUACGAUCAUGAUCAAUUGGAACUAAAAAAACGAAUAACAAGAAGCACUGUGGCAACUGGGGCCAAUAGUGAUAAGAAUGAGAUUCUUAUCAAGGAAGAAGAUAAACCAGAUGCUGAAAAAAGAGGACAAAUCACAAAUAAAGAAGAGCGUGCGGUUAACAGCAUUGGCUUCAAUAUAUACAAGGAGUAUGUCCAGGCCGGUGCUGGCAAGAGGUUGUAUCUGCUUUUUAUUUUUAUAUAUGGCUUACUGGUUAUAUUUACUGCAUUUACGAAUCUAUUCACCUCUGUUUGGUUAUCUUUUUGGACUGAAAUGAAAUUUACAAAUAGAGGAGAAGGGUUUUAUAUGGGGAUGUAUUGUUUUUGGGUAUUUGUUACGUUGCUAUUUAUGGUAUGUCAGUUUACGUUGUUGUGUACCGUUGGCGUUAAUGCCAGUAAGAAUUUGAACUUGAAAGCGGUUAGAAAGUUGUUACACACACCAAUGAGUUUCAUGGAUACGACACCAAUUGGUAGAGUUUUAAAUCGUUUUACCAAGGACACGGAUACAUUGGACAACGAGAUUGUGGAGCAACUUAGAUUAUUUAUCUACCAAACAGCGAAUUUAGGUGGUGUUAUUAUCAUGUGUAUUAUUUAUCUUCCUUGGUUUGCGAUUGCAGUACCCUUUUUGCUAGGAGCUUAUGUUUUAUUGGCGGAUCAUUACCAAAGUAGUGGUAGAGAGGUUAAAAGAUUGGAGGCGGUGCAAAGAUCAUUUGUUUACAAUAAUUUUAAUGAAGUUUUGAGUGGGAUGUUAACGAUCAAAUGUUAUAAUUUGAAAGACAUGUUUUUGGAGAAGAACGAUUUUUUUAUUAAUAAACAGAACGAAGCCACUUUUUUGUCAGUUGCUGUACAAAGAUGGGUUGCCCUUUCCAUGGAUAUAGUUGCUGUGGCGUUUGCGUUGAUUAUUACAUUGUUAUGUGUAACCAGACAAUUCCACGUUGGUGCAAGCAGCACAGGUGUUAUGUUAACUUAUGUUUUACAGUUGCCAGGCAUUUUGAACACCUUGUUGCGGGCCAUGACGCAGACAGAAAAUGAUAUGAAUAGUGUUGAACGACUAGUUAGUUAUGCAAAUACAUUACCACAGGAAGCUGCUUAUAGAAGUGAAAUAACUAUGGAUAAAAACUGGCCUGUUCAUGCAAGUAUCAAAUUUGACAACGUUAAUAUGAGUUACAGACCCGGAUUACCUUUAGUUUUGAAAAAUGUGAGUAUGGAGAUUAAAUCUGGUGAAAAGAUAGGAAUUUGUGGAAGAACAGGAGCGGGUAAAAGUACCAUUAUGAGUGCGUUGUAUAGAUUGGUGGAAUUAAGCAGUGGUCAUAUUUUUAUAGACGGUGUUGAUAUUAGUAAAAUUGGAUUAUAUGAUUUGAGAUCUAAGCUAUGUAUUAUUCCACAAGAUCCUGUUUUGUUUAAAGGCACUAUAAGGAAGAAUUUGGAUCCAUUUGGGGAACGUAGCGAUGAGGAGUUGUGGGAUGCUUUAGUUAGAGGGGGUGCGAUAAGUGACCUUGGAGCUGUUACUAAUGGAGACAAAUUACAUAAGUUUCAUUUGGAUCAGAUGGUACAAGAAGAUGGUGUCAAUUUUUCGCUUGGUGAGAGACAGUUAUUGGCUUUGAGUAGAGCAUUGGUACGAAAUUCCAAGAUUUUGAUUUUAGAUGAGGCCACUAGUAGUGUUGAUUAUGAAACGGAUUCCAAAAUUCAAAGCAAAAUUAUAGGAGAGUUUUCGCACUGCACUAUUUUGUGUAUUGCCCACAGAUUAAAAACGAUUUUAAAUUACGAUCGUAUUUUAGUUUUGGAUAGAGGUGAAAUUAAAGAGUUUGAUACGCCAUAUAACCUAUAUCAUUCUGGCGGCAACAAUAAUGGAAAUAAAGGAAUAUUUAGAGAUAUGUGCGAUAGAUCUGGUAUAACUGCUGAUAAUUUUGAAGAGCCGAAGAGGGGUUGA